AUGGCUAGUUUGAGCGGCUACAGCCAGAUUAGCGGAGCAGGGUUAGAGGUUAACAGUGGUUUCUGUGUUGAAGGUGGUCGCGGCUCAGAAGCCAACCCUCACGGUUCCCCCACCCGGUCCUGCGGCCCCCAGGGCAGCUCCAGCGAGGAGAUAUGGGUGCUGCGCAAGCCUGGGCCAGGUGGAGACCGUAGUAGCGUGGGGAGCUCUGGCAGCGUGACCAGCGUGAGGUCAUCAGGGAGUGGUCAGAGUGCCGGGAGCUCCACCCACAUUAUCCACGCGCAGGCCGAGGGGGUUAAGCUCCUGGCGACAGUGCUGUCUCAGUCUGCCAAAGCCAAAGAGCACCUGCUGGAGCAGUCCAAGUCUGUAGAGCUAUCUACAGGCACCGCCUCUGCCUCUAGACAGUCGAGCCAAUCAGGAUGCCCGCUCCAUGAAGCUCCACCCUAUGACGCCACGGCAACCUGGAAGGGGGAGGGGCAAGGCGAGGGGAAGAGCUCUGAGGCUGUUGUCCAAUGGCUGAGUGACUUUCAGCUGCAGGUCUACGCUCCAAACUUCAUCAGCGCCGGGUAUGACAUAGUCACCAUUAGCAGAAUGACCCCAGAGGAUCUCACGGCCAUCGGAGUGACCAAACCAGGCCAUCGAAAGAAGAUGACAUCAGAGAUCAACAAAAUCAGCGUCACCGAGUGGCUCCCUGACCAGAAACCUGCCAGUCUGACAGAGUGGUUGUCAGCGAUAGGGCUGAGUCAGUACCAGCAGGUUCUGGUGCAAAACGGAUAUGAAAACAUCGACUUCAUCACAGAUAUCACCUGGGAAGACCUGCAAGAGAUAGGCAUUAUCAAGCUGGGCCACCAGAAGAAGCUGAUGCUAGCUGUGAAGCGAUUGGCUGAGAUGCAGCGUGGCUCUGAGGGGCGGAGCUCCACUAGGAAGAAGCCUCCACCAAUCACACAGCAGCAGGAAGUGAUGUCCACAGAGAACGUGCCCCCUGACAACGAAGUCGUCACGUCUCCCAAGUUGUGCACCUUCCAGGACAGCGAGUUGAGCCCCGAGCUGCAGACGGCCCUGAUCCAACCUAGCCCAGAGGUCAAGGGUCAGAGGACCCGCAGCCUGAGCAAGGACCCCGACGAUGGAGGAGGGUCAGGGGUUAGAGGAGGAGGAGGAGGAGGAGUACCCCCUAAGAAGGAGGCUCGGACCAUGAGGCAGACCAGCCAGGGGAGCCAGAGGGGUAGCGCCUCAUCCAAACCUCGCCCACCCUCCCACGCCCACUCAAUGCCGGCACCCCCUUACACUCCCCCUCACACCCCUACCAAGAAACCCUUGCAUUCCUCCACCUCAGCCCCGGGCCCCUCGCCGCAGGCUAAACCUAAAUCCUCCCCACAGCUAAUACAAGGAGAGAGGCCUGGCUCACCCCGUUCUCACCCGCAGUCCACCACACAUCGCGGGACUCCCAACACCCAGACUCAGCCCCUGCCUGGUCCUCAGGCCCAGCCCCAGCACCAACCCACACCUACUCCCCAAUCUCAGCCUACAGCCCAGCCGAUGGAGGAAGAGGAGAGGGAGAAAGACAAGGGGAUUGAGAGGGAGAGAGAGAAGGAGAGCAUCCUCCAGCCGCAGUCCAGCCCCCAGGUGUCUGUUCCCCUUCUGUGCCUGCCUCCUGAGGUUGAGGGGGGAGACGAGGGAGAGAUGGGUGAGGCGAGUGACGCCCUCCUUAAGAAGCGAGCUCACAGUCUGAACCGCUACGCUGGUUCUGACGGGGAGCGGGAGGAGAAAGGGGGUGGAGGUGGAGGGGUGGGGACAGGAGUUGCCCCUCCAGGGAGGCUAACAGACGGCGGUACAGGUAAAUACGCCACGGUGGUGACUCACCGGGUCAGCCGCAGCCACUCCGUACGCAACCAGGACAAGAACGUCAACCGCGGCCAAUCACAGUCCAUCGCCCUGCGGCCCAAGAAGAAAGGCCCGCCCCCUCCGCCUCCAAAACGCUCCAGCUCAGCGAUCUCGAACUCCAACCUCGCCGACACGCACACGCCGACGCACACACACGCGGCGGACGGCCUGCUGGGCGUACCUUACAACCCCCAGCGGCGGGCCAGCGACCUGGGCGUAUCCGUGGAGACGGCCGUCGUGGAUACCGGGAGCGCGGGCAGCGUGAGGAGCAUUGCGGCCAUGUUGGAAAUGUCCUCCAUCGGGGGCGGGGCCAAGGGCGUGGCUACACAGAGAAACUUCCUACAGCAGCGGGACGCCAUUGGUCUGGACGGAGAGGUGGUGAACCGCCGUAGAACCAUCAGUGGUCCGGUUACUGAGCUGGUCGCUGCGGCUAGGAGGGGGGACAGACCUACCCCCGCGCCCCUGUCUACCGCACCCCAACCCUCUCCUCCUCGCCCUUCUACACCCCAGCUGCCUUCCUCCCCUCGCUCCCCUUCCUCCCCUCACCCCUCGUCUCCUCACACCCCAUCUUCCGGUAGUUCGGCUGAGAACCUUCCGUUCGCUGCCGAGAGGAAACUGACCAUGAAGAGGCAGAGAGGAGAAGGAGAAGGAGAGGGCGACGGUGAUGGAGACGGUCUCCAUGGAGACGGUGUGUUCUCCCUCCCCCGGGAUGAGCUGUCCCGGGUCGACGCCACGGCAACCCUGAAACGGCGUCCCCGUUGCAACAAGCCUCACCCCAACGGGUCCCGUUUCACCCUGACAGAGUCUUCCACCGUCAAGCGCCGUCCCAAGAGCAGAGACAAGGAGCCAGAGGGUUUUUCAGAGAGCGGUAUCGCAGACAUCACCGGGACCUCUAACACGUGGGCCGUUAACACCGGGGCCGCCAACGCCGGGGCUGUUACCGGGCCGGAGCCGGGGCCAGCCGUACCGUACGAGAACGGCACCGCCACCGUUAAACGCCGGCCGGUGUAUGAGAUGGGAGAGGCGGAGGAGCCUAGUCCGAUCCAGGCUACGCCUCCUCUCAGGGACAGCUCAGACCUGGGAGGACCAGGGGUGAUGGCGGGGGGAGAAGCGGGAGGAGCGGUGACCCCUGUGAGGAAACCCAAACCCCCUGUCUCCCCCAAACCUGUCCUGGCUCAGAUGAGGAGACAGUCGUCCUCUAGAAGAGUCCCCCUGCCUGGACCAGGCACCCCCGGUAGCCCAGUUGAAACAAAGAAGAUUCCUCCCCCAGUCUCCCCCAAACCGGCUCCUCCCCCCACAGCCCCUAAACCAACCAAACACCUCCACUCUAUAACCACACCCACCUCGCCCCCCUCCUCCUCCUCCUCUUCCUCCUCCCCAACCCUACAGCCAAACCCCCCACCCCACCCGCCCAGAGUCCCCACACCCCCCUCACCCCCCAGAGUCCUCACACCCCCCUCACCCCAACCCCUCCACCUAUCAAACCGCCCCGCUCCUCCAUCGGGGGCGUGUCCGUGGACAUGGGGACGGCGCCGGUCGGCGUGGUGA